AUGGAUCCCCGCAAAGUGAGCGAGCUUCGGGCUUUCGUGAAGAUGUGUAAGCAGGACCCGAACAUCCUGUACACCGAGGAAAUGCAUUUCCUGAGGGAGUGGGUGGAGAGCAUGGGGGAUAAAGUUACAUCACCUGCUACUCAUAAAGUUACAUCAGAAGACAAGGUCAAGGAAGAAAAAGAUAAUAAGACAGAGGAAAACAUAAACCAUCUUCUGGAUGAACCAUCAAGUGAGGAGAGUGAUGUAGAAAUUGACAAUGACGGUGUAAUUGAGCCAGACACUGGUGCACCUCAAGAAACGGGAGAUGAAAAUGCAGAGAAAAUUGAGGAGAUGAUGGAUCAAGCAAAUGAAAAGGGGGCUGCCAUUGAAGCCCUAAAUGAUGGUGACCUGCAGAAAGCCAUUGACUUGUUCACUGACGCCAUCAAGCUAAACCCUCGAUUGGCUAUUCUGUAUGCCAAGAGAGCCAGUGUCUUCGUCAAAUUACAGAAGCCAAAUGCUGCCAUUCAAGGCUGUGACAGAGCCAUUGAAAUAAACCCUGAUUCAGCUCAGCCAUACAAGUGUCGAGGGAAAGCACACAGACUCCUGGGUCACUGGGAAGAAGCAGCUCAUGAUCUUGCCCUU